AUGGCUGGCACGCGCGCUGCGCUGGCGUUGCUCGCGGUCCUAGCCGUAGUCAGCCUGUCGUGCGUUGCAGCGGAUGAUGAUGGCAAGGUGCUGACGCUCGACUUCACGAAUUUCGAGUCGGAGGUUAAGAGUCACGACUUUAUCGCCGUUAUGUUCUACGCUCCCUGGUACGCGCGGUCCCUCUCUCCCGAUGCUCGAUCGCGCUCGCGUUCCUUGUCCACGCGGUGGCACAUCUUUCCGGCAUUGCAUUUCUAUGUCAAGGCGGCAGAGAUGUUGGCAGAGGAGGGGUCGGAGAUAGUGCUGGCGCGCAUCAACGGCGAUGAGAAGAAGCACAAGGGCCUCGCCAGGAAGUACGGCGUGGGGGGCUUCCCCACCAUCAAGAUCUUCCGCACGGACUAUGCAUCGCCGCUGACGUACAAGGGUCCGAGGGAAGCAGCAGGGCUGGUGGCGUAUCUGAAGAAGCAGGCGGGGCCCGCCAGCACCAAGGUGCGGUCGGGGUCGGACCUCAAGCGCGCCAUGGAGGACGACAGCGUCGUUGUGGUGGGGCUGUUUGCAACGCUCUCAUCGCCCGAGUUUGAGUCGUUCCUGUCAGUGGCAAGGGAGCUGCGAACGGACUUUGUCUUCAAGCACACCACCGACGCCUCGCUGCUGCCCGCCAAGGGGCCCCAGCUCGAGGCACCCGCCGUGCGCCUGCUGAAGCAGUUCGAUGAGGGGUACUCCGACACAGAGGAGUUCUCACCGGCAGCGCUGAGGGCGUUCAUAGAGCGGCAGGCGGUGCCGCGCGUGGUGGAGUUCAGCCAGGACCCCAAGGACCGCCCCUACCUCGCCCGCGUCUUCCAGGCGCCCACCAACAAGUCGCUGCUAUUCCUGACAUACAGCCUGCCGGAUGCACCAGAGUUCCGCAGCCGGUACGUGGAGGCGGCACAGGAGCAGCCCGACUCCAUCCGCCUCGUCAUCGGGGAGGCUGCUGCCAACGAGCAUGCUCUCAAGUACUUUGGGCUGGCAGUGAGUGACACGCCAGCCAUGGUGAUUCACGACCCGCGCUACGAUGCCAAGUUCAUCCGCACGCACAUCGCUCCUUCUGACAUCGCCCCCUUCCUUGCCGACUUCCAGGCGGGGAGGGCGGAGAGGGUGCUGAAGAGUGAGGCGGUGCCGCAGGGGGACGCGGGGGCGGUGAAGAAGGUCGUGGCCAACAGCUUCAAGGAGAUCGUGCUCAACUCCCGCAAGAAUGUGCUGGUGGAGUUCCACGCCCCCUGGUGCACAGCCUGUGCUGACCUGGACCCCGUGCUCAAGGACGUGGCAGAGAGCCUCUCCGGUCAGAGGGACGUUGUUGUCGCCAAGAUGGAUUUCUCCGCCAAUGACAUUCCAUCGGAUAAGUUCGAUGUGAAGGCGCUGCCAACCAUCUACCUCUACACAUCCGCUGGUGUUGCCGUGCCCUAUGCUGGCGACAACUCCAAGGCCAGCCUCCUCGCCUUCGUCCGGAAGCACAAGGGAGCCAAGAAAGCCGCUUCUGCUCCUCCGACCGCGGAGGAAUUGGCCGAGGCGGAGGAGAUUGCCAAUGCUGAGGAUGAGGAGGAGGAUGAUGAUGAGAGGAAGGAUGAGCUGUACAGAGACGGUGGCGCCGCCAGCAGCGAGGAGGGGAUUGUGAUGGAGCUGCCGUGCUUGCCUUUCAACCCCGCCGAGGUGUUCCUGCCCGGGUCAUCCAAGACACUGCAUCUGUACGAGGCGCGCUACCUCGCGCUGCUCGAGGAGGUGCUGACACGCAGCAGUGGGCUGCUGGGGCACGUGGUGUUGGAGCCCAUGCGGACAGAGGACGGCCAGGGCAUGACCUUCGUCGCCUCCUACGGCUGCCUCUCCUACGUUGAAAGCGUGCGCAAGCUGCAGGUGGGAGCGCUGGUGGCGGUGAGGGGAGUGGGGCGCAUCCGCCUGCAGCAGCUCACGCAGGUGGAGCCCUUCCUGCGCGGCCAGGUCGCUGUUGUCUCUGAUGACCGCCCUCAGGAAGGGGCAGGGGCGGGUGGCACGGGUGAGGAGGUGAAGGGGGCUGUGGAGGAGUUGAGAGCGGUGCUCAGGGACGUGCAGGAGCUGCAGAUCAAGAUCAAGACCACCUCAGACGUGCCCCUACAGACGCCUCUGGAGAGGGCUCUGCGCUGGGUGGACACCGUCACUGCCGCCUCUGCUGCUGCUGCGCCACCAGCAGCACCGACAGCACCUGGCGCCCCUGCCACCGCCGCCACCGCUGCAACCCAACAGCCCGCCGCCACCCCGCCCCAGACAGUUGGUGAUGCACUACGCACAGGAGCAGACACAAGCGCAGGUGCAGAUGCAGGUGAUGCAACGAGCAGCAGCAGCGGCAGUGGCAGCACAGAGGCAUCGCCAUCUGCAUGGUCCAUUCUGCCCGAUGACAAUGGCGUGGAGCCCGACCAGUUGCCGCCCGAACAGCUGGAGUCUGCUGCCCGGUUUCUGGGCUUCCAGGGGCUGCCGACACCGGCCAUCCAGAGCACAGUGGCCGUUGAUCCCGCCUCUGUGCCCCUCGACCCUGACUUUGGAGCGUCAGCGGCGGAGCUGCAUGGGCUGCUGCAGAAGCGCCUGGCAGCCAUGGAGGAGACCGACACCAUGAAGCGGGCGGCACUGGCUCGGCAGUAUGCGGAGCAGAGCCGGGCGGCACUGGCUGCGAAGGUGGCACUGCAGAGCCUACAGCUGUGA